GAUACACUUGCCGGAGGUCCCGCUUUUGUGGAGACGCCGUCCCGUUAAGUGCCAGUUAAAUGGAGCCUGGAUACCGUUCAGGGGCGAGAAGGAGGCGAAGAGAAGGCGGCACUGGUCAGAAAACAGUUACGAAAUUCAACUCCAGGAUUUGGAAUAUGUUUUCCUCCCAUAAGUGCUGGAUUGUUACUGUUUUUCUGGCAGGUGUCUUCCCUCCAUCCAGCUCCGGCGUCCAAGUGUUUGUGAGAGACGAGAAGAAGUAUGCAGUGCUGUUCCAGUCAGUGGUUCUGCCGUGCCAGUACACCACCGUGUCCUACCAAACCGCCGUGGUGCAGUGGGUCUACAAGUCGUACUGCCGUGACCGCACCAGGGAUUCAUUUAGCUUUCCCGACAACUUGGGCGGAGGCCUGGGUGGGGGAGGGCUGACGAGCGGAACGGGAGGAAUCAGCGGAGGGUACGAGAAGGGGAUGGCAGCCAGCUACCUCGACUGCUCUGACAACAGUCGGACCGUCCGAACUGUUGCUUCCAUCUCUGGUUCCUCGGUCACAUUGUCAGAGUACUACAAGAACAGAGAUAUCUCCAUCAUCAACAAGGCUGACCUGAAGAUAGGAGAGGUCCAGUGGGGAGACAGUGGAGUAUACAUCUGCAAAGUGGUCAUAUCUGAUGAUCUGGAGGGACAGAACGAAGCAUCUGUAGAGCUUUUGGUUCUUGGUUUCUCAGGUGUUCCUGAAGACCUCCUGCCAGACUUUGAUUUGAAGAUAAUGCCAGAGUGGGUGUUUGUGGUGGCAGUGGCACUUGGCAGUGUGUUAUUCCUGCUCUUGAUUGGAGUUUGUUGGUGUCAGUGUUGUCCUCACUCCUGCUGCUGCUACGUCAGCUGCUGGUGCUGCCCCGACACGUGCUGCUGCCCCAGGCAUUUGUAUGAGGCAGGAAAAGGUAUAAAGACAACCACCUCCUCCCCUCAGACACCUCCCUACCCACCGUAUUUCGUCUCUGGUGUCCCAACCAUGGUCCCAAUUGCUCCUCCCUCUCUGGUGGACAAGAUAUCUUCAGUCCCCGGCUCAGAUGGGACUCUACUCACAGCAGUGCCCAUGCACGCUGUAGGGGUUCCCUACCGGGUGCCUUCACCUCAGGAUCAGGAUUCUCUCAGGGUGCUACAGUAUGUAGAGAAACAGCUGGCUCACUUCAACCCUGCCAGGUCCACCAGCCACCAGUCCUGUGCCCUGUCUGAACUGAGCUCCCUCCAUGAGGGAGAAAGUGGCUUCCGCCAAACAUAUCGCAACAUCCAGAAGAACGCUCUGCCAGCCAUCCCUGAUCACGACACUCAGCCUGAACCUCAGCGCUACCGUGAAAACCGCAGUCCAGAGCCACAGAGUUACCGGGAUAAUCCCCCAUCUCCCCACCAUUAUCGUGAUGACCCUGACCCAGAGCCCCGCCACGUCCGGGACGAGCCUCUUCCUCCGCGGCGAUACAGCGAUGACCCUCCAUCUUCGUCUCAGUCGCGCAGGCCCGGCCGGAAUCAGCGGCAACAAAAUCACAACAAUGAGGAAAACCACAACAGGUGGAACCCUCGCUCAGAACACCUUCACAGAAAAACAUACCGAACUGCAGGGCGAACCGGCUCAUUGGACGAGCUGGAGGAGUUUGCCGCUUGUUACAAGCAGAGAGGAGGCAGAGGGGCAGAGAGGAGGGACGAAGAACAGCGAGAGUAUGAGAUGGAGCAUCUGGAGUACAGCCGAUACCCUUCUCACCGAGAUGCCCCACCGCAGCAUUAUCACAGUAAUGAAAAUGACGUUGAGGACAUCAGCGACCGUGAAGAGCAACCCAGGCGGAUCAAGAAAAACAGACAUGACAUCAGCCCACUACCUUCACCCAAAAAGAGGAGGGACACGUCAGACAGAGAGCGUGCUGUCCCACCACCUCCCACAGCAGGUCCACCUUCGACUUCUUCUCAAGAGAAGGACUAUGAUGCCACCUUCCUCAACAGCCUGCUGGAGCGUAAAGCUAAGUUGCGAGGGGUUACCCAGGGGAGGACUGGGGCUCGGGGCGAUGAAGAUUCAGACACACCCUCGAAGAGCAGCCUGAAAAAGAGCAGCGGAGAAUCCAGUCAGCACUGCAGUCGUUCGCCUAGUAACAGGCCCGACGCAGAUUUGCUGCCUCCUCACACUGAGACAGAGCGAGUAAGAACUGACAGGUCGUCUCCAGGAAACACUCACUCCCCUCAGCCGCCCGUUCAUUCCUUAGCGAGUCACAGAGAGGAUCCCAGAAACAAGUCCAGGAAAGUGAGCACUCUCCUCAGCCGAGACUCCCUUAUCGUCUGAUGGACUUCAGUCUUCAGUACAGACUGGAAUCGUCGUGCAGCCUUGAUGCUCUACAGGAACUGCUUGUCAGCUGAUAAAAGAUGACGAACUUGGAUUCAUAAAGAUAACGUCAAGGACAGCAGACUGUGGGAGAGCUGAAUCAGUACUGAUGAGUGAAGACGAGGACAGCAGAGGCACCCGAGAUUUUUACUCAGCUGUUCUGCUUAUGAUGUCAUGGUGAAGUCACUGGCUGUGUGUUAUGUGGACUAAGACUGAGCUAAUGCGUGCAGGGAGUAUGACCUGGACCGUUCCUGCAAGCAGUGCGCUGUUGGUCUCCCCUUGUUACUGUCAGAAAAGGCUCUGAAGCAGAGAGAUUUACAUUACAUUUUCAACACAAUGCCUGCAUUCAUUUCCAUCUUAUGAGUUACGUGAAUGAAAAAAGAACCGCUGUAGAAUUGAGGGUGUAUGACAACGCUGUUAUUGUGAAGAACAGCUAUGUCACCUUCUGUGUCAUUCAGUAGUGUAUUCAGGGACUAAGGCACCUUAGUCAGAAAGCUUCUUCCAGCAGUAAUCAGUAUUACCAAAUGUUUACACUUAUUUAUUUUAUGGGACAGUUGACAUGAAUGAAACAACAGUGGUUAUGCGUCAGAGGUCAACAGAGCUAAUGUGGAUCCAUCAUCUGAAUACAACUAAAAUGACCAAAGGAGCUAAAGCUUUUUUUGACUUACGAUAGGAGAAAUGAGACAAUGCUGACAAUGUGACACAACACCAGCAAUCUGAAACAAAACAAAACAAACUAUUAAAGACCUUCAACAAGUUGCCCCGUAGUAGCUCAAAUGUAAAAGUAACAAAUGCUAUAAACACUUUAGCUUCCCUCUCAUCAGAGCUGAGAUAAACACACUGUUCAGCACCAAAUCAAUUAGAGGCACAGUUAGUGAUUAGAUGCUGGACAGGUUCUCUCAGAAGUCAAAGAGUAACAAAGCAGAGCUACACGAGGAGAAUAUCUAACAUAAAUUCAUUAUUUAGGUAAAAACACAACUCCAAAUGAAUGGUAACUUCUUGUGGUAACUUCGAGUGACAUAGUCACCUAUACGAAUGAGGUUUAUAAUAUACGGUAUAAUUCCAUGUAGCAACAUGUAUCAGCUAGAAACAUCUGAAUUGAUUAAGUUUUGCAUGUCUACUAUUAAAAGUUUAUAGCAACAAGAUACCUCAGAAUGAGCCUUUUGUAGGUGGUUACAAAUUUGAGCAUUAAGCUGCCUGUAUAUAAUCUGUAAAUGACCUAAUAUGACAGAAAUCUAUGCAUUUUUGAACAUUUUAAAAUACCUGUUAAGUCUGGAUAAAAAGAUAAAGCUGCAAUGACGCAGCACUAAAGUAAUGAAGGUGUGGAUUAACUUUGCCUAUACUGACCUCUGACCCACAUUUGCUGCAGCAUUAGCAGCAGUGAUGCAGUUAACUCCAGAACACUAAUGUGCAGUUUUCUAACACUAUCACUAAUGUCAGGUAUAUAUUUACCUGAUUUAAUAUAUGCAAUAAAACAUGCUUCCCAUCAAAAUAUUUUAAUGUACAACAAUACAUGACAAACUGAAACGGUAUGAAAGUAGUGAAAAAUUAUCGAAUCGUUAAUAAUCGUUAAUUUAACGAUUAAUCGUUAAAUCGUUAAUUAUUAAGUUACAUUUUGUAUUAUCUGUAAACAUUUAAAGGUAUUGAACUGCAACUUGCCUUUGAAAGAUUUUUCUACUACACUUUUGUACGGGACUAUUUAUGCAGAUGGUGUGUUUGUUUUUAAAAUUUGUAAAUGAUCAUGUUUGUGUAAGCACUUAAGUACGUACAUAAGAUGAAGUCUGUAUUUCCAUCACCAUAAUUCAGCCAUUGCUUAUCACUGUCGAGCUAGCAGUUAAACCAACUCCAUGUUAUCAGCAGCCACACACUAAGCGUGCUUACUGGAACAGUCAUAUCAAAUAUUUUGCUCUAAUAUUACCCCAUCCAGUAAUUCAUCACUCCCGUGUUGGUGACACCUGUUAUUGGACAAGUGUAAUUAUUUUUUAAUGGUUGGUGAAAAAUUCCCCCUUUGUUUUGUCUUGUGUUUGGUAGAGACAACUCUGUGUGCGGGAGUUAGCAUGAGCGAGAGAGAUGACUCUUUAUUUUUCUGUUAAGGAGACAAUGUGUGAUUGCGUAUGACUCAUGUCUUUGUUCAUUGUUUUAAUCACAGACUGCCUGUCUUGACUACACAGCUGGCUCGACACUCGCAUAUCGGUUCUUCCAGCAAAGCUGCAGAUAUCCUCCCUGUUUGUCGCCGACAUACCACAUUUGUUACAACAAUUGCAGACAGUAGGUUGCUAAAGCGCCUACUUGCAGGGUGGCAAACAUUAAGGCCAGCAGUGUUUGACUUUGCAGCAAAAUAAAGUCAGCAGAAAUAAAACUCCAGGGUUUAUUUAAAGUUCAGAUGGCUUGUUUUAAAUUGCAGAGACAUCAGUGGAGGGUGUUUCUCUUUCAUGCUGCUUAGUAUUUCUGUUGCAUCGUUAUACAGACUUUACUGCAUUUACUGUGUAACUGUCGUUUCUACUUACUUUUGUGGAUAAAUAUUUUAAACAUUAACCAGAACGUUGAGAUAAUAAAAUGUUGUCCAUCUAAAGACAUGUCUGUAUAAACAAACCAAUAAUAGUCAUUUAUUUGCUUACAUAUUAAUCAACACAUCAUCAAAAUCUAUAAUCCUUCAUAAGAAAUACUUUAAUUAGAAGAUUUUUUUUUUUCUUUUUUUGGUUUAUUGGGCCAAGCUGACGUCAGGUUGUUGCAAUUUCUGUUAUCUGGCCACACCUCCAGAGGGAGGGUUUAGCAUGUGAGGGGCAACCAGUCAAAACAAAGGGGACUUUUAAGGAGGGGCAGCUUUGGAGACCCAAAACAGGUUGACAUAUACUUGCUUUCUACUAUCACACUUGUGUCUGUUUGCGUUAGCCUUUGCCUACAGAGAGGGGCUUUCAACCACUGCAAAUGUGUUUCCGUGAAGUCCUCUAAAAUGCCAGCUGCACACCGCUCAAUCUAGAUGAAGCACAAAAAGACCAUCAAAGACCAAAAAAAGAGAACAUGAAGGGUACAAGCAGUGGCUGCUGUAGACACUUUUCACUCUUCACCACGGGUGGCUGGUGGACCAACAACAGCACAAGCAAAAUUAGCCCAGUGACUGGUUAUACCACAUAUUUAUGCAGUCUGACUUUCUGCCCAUCUGCCACCACUGAACCAUAAUGUUCCCAUAACACUGUGAUAGCUUGCUGCAUAAAAGCUAACUAUAAAUAAAUAAGAACUUAACAGUA